CACACACAGGAGGAGAGAUCACAACACACACACAGGAGGAGAGAUCACAACACACACACACAGGAGGAGAGUCUUCUCUGCUUCGGUAGACAUCACUCCACUGUGUCUUCACAGAGACAACGUUAAUGCUCCGAUUAUCAAACAGAGAACCUUUAAAUAGAUAUAGAAGAAGAAACAGAACAUCUGUCGGUAUUAUUUAUUAAUCGUUUAGUCAAACACAAACCACUUGUUGCUGAGUCGGUCACUUCUUCAUAACUGAACUCAGAGCUUUCAUGUGAAACAACCUAAACUGUUCAUGUAGAAUAACAUCACUUAAGAUUGAGAAAAGAUCACGUUUUACUGCCUGUAAGAUGAACUGUUGGGAGUCCUGAUAGGAUUUAGAUUUUACAUUUUUAAAUCUCUUGUUAUUGAUUAACACAUUAACAUGAAUGUUCCUCUUCCCUCCUGCAGGAGGCUCUGGAGAUGCGUCGUCCAGAGUUCAUCUCUCAGUCCAGGCGGAGGGUGAAGCGCUUGGCUCUGCAGGUGGAGGAGAGGAAGCUACGGGAAGAGUUCAGCAGAGAGAGAGACGGACUCUUCAGCCGGCCCGGAGGACCAGGGAGGCUCCAGAAGCCUGCAGGCAGCGCUCUGCUCAGGAGGGCUGUUCCCAGGAGAGAGAUGAUCCAGAGAUCCAAACAGAUCUAUGAGAGUCUUCCGGAGGUGCAGCGGCGGAGAGAGGAGGAGAGAAGGAUAGCAGAGUAUCGAUCCUACCGGCUGAACGCUCAACUCUACAACAAGGUACGACACAAACCGCUGCUCUCGCUCACAAACACGGAGAACUGUUCAUCCACACGUUCUCCUUAAAGCUGCUUCCUGUUCUUCUGUGUUCCAGAGGAUCACCGACCGUGUGCUGAGCAGGAGAAGAGCAGCGUGGCACUGAAACGCUCUACUGCACAUUAAAUGAUGUGAAAACGUUUCUACACUUUUUAUAACAAAACUACCGAACUUAACUAAGAAACACUUUUUAUUUAUUUGCGACCAAUUAGUUUUAAUAGAACAUUAUGUAGAAAAGUAGAGUUUUACUCGUUGGAUAAAUAUUUUGACCUUUUUCUACUCAGUAAAAUGUGUUUUAAUGUAAAAAAUAAACCAGAUUCUUUUUAACAUUUAUCCUAAAUUCCACGUUGUGCAUGCAGACAGUGAAGGCUGACAGACACUCCGGCUUUAUGUCUUUAUUGAUCGGUUAUUGGUGCAGGAGCAGGAAGCCACACGAGGGGAACGCUGAGACAAGUUGCUGAAUCAGCACAUCAGACAACACAACGAGUACAUACAGACCUUUGUCCCUCUCAAGCUACAGUUAUGUAGAUGCCCAUUCAUUAAAACUUCAAGUUAAGACAAUACUGUGUAAAGAUAGUCUAAUAAAACAAUGAGCAUGGAUUAAUAAAGCAGCCGUGGCAAACGUGCUGAAGAGAAACAAAGAUUCUUUGGCAAAGAUGUAGUUUUGCUCUGAACGAGGUUUGAACUAAACAAAUGAGACGUAAGGCAGCCGAGCGUCUUCACCACGAGGCUCUCUGCAGCUUUAAGGCUCCGACAGCAGCAGGAGUCUCAGCACAGCACACACACACACACACACACUUCUGGCUCUUUGUGAUUCAGUAACGUCACCGAUACAACCAGCAUGUACAAGUACACCACAAGUGUAAUAAAUAGUAAAUCAUUUAAACCAUAUAAUGCUUCAUUUGAGUCUUUGGAUAACACAGUCGCUCCCUCCAGGUGAAUCACGUUCCUCUUGUUCUGUGCCGUCCAGAGCACAGCACUAAACCCUCCUCACAGUUUACCUGCAUGUUGACUUCAUCGAUAAAACCAUUCUGUCAUUAAAACAUCAGUGAAAUGAAGUUACUUAUCCGAGCAGAGCGAAUGUGCAGGAUCACCUUCUGUGGCUUCAUCGCUCAGGACUUGAAAUAUGUGCAAAAAAGUCUCUUUUUGAUCAAACCGCAGUAAAAUAUCCACGACUUUAAAAUGGACAAAUCAUUUCUACAUCACACGAUCCUUCUUUCCCUUUAGACAGUCAAGUUAUAAACACAGCAGUGACACACAACACACAGUCAUGAUCGCUCUGGUGCUGCGUCGCUCUAACAGCGUAACGUACGAACACAACGUGAAGGUUUCUCAGCGGGUCACAGAGCAGCUUCAUACGUAUUCUACUCAACAGCAAAACAAUGUGACUCUGGGCAGCAUGCAGCAGCUACAAGCGUCUCUACUUCUGUCUCCUGUCUUUAGUCGACAGUACUCAGGGCUGGAGCUGAGUCACGCACGUCUCAUACAAAUCACUUCAACUUCAGUCUGAUCGGAUCUGAAUGUUUCCAUCA